AUGCCUUCAGCCGGCUCUCCAGAGGGCGCUCCCCUGGCCGAUUACUUUUGGAUUGCGGGUGUGGAUGGCACUGAGAUUCUGGAUACCUUCAAGCGACUGGGUGAGGACUAUCGCAUCAAUGGGGCUGCGUCUCCGGGCCCCGCGCUCUCAGAUGCUAUUCAAGAAGACGCGGACGCUGAGGAGGAACACCUUCCGGAUGGUACUUCCCGCCCCAAUUCGACUCUCUAUGCCGGAUCCAGCACCCGGCGCACCUCUAACCAGCGGCUGUCAACCCUGUCGCGCAGCGAUUCUGACCAGCCCAGUGGAGCUGGCAGCAACCGCAGCAGUGUGACAGUCAAAGGCGCUUCCUCUCCGUUACGGGCCUCGGCCAUGUUCUCCGAGGACUUUGAUUUCGAUCAGGCGUUGCUGAAGUUUACUUCGGAGCGAGAUACCUUCUUGACUGAUUUGAGCUUGAGCGCGGGCGCUAUUACUCCGAACACGCGCCCGCGCUCCCGUGUUCGUACGCAAAAGAUUGUCUCGGAGGAUUCGCCGUCUCAGGGUGGGAAUCUGCUCAGAUCGAGCAUUGGAAGUGUGCGCCGGCAUAUGUCGUUCCGCGAUAUGAAUAGUAUGAAGAGACAGCCAUCGACGAUUGCGCGACAAGCAUCCGUACGCACAUCUCGACGACUCAGUAACUACAAUUCGGUGAUUCCAGUGCCGCAGCCCCUCGAAAUCUCUCCGACAAUGCACCCACUGAAGCGACGCUUCGAGCCCGUUCUGCUCGAUCGAUACCCCACACGAGGCAUGGCCGACGAGAUGAAGCAGCGAGGCAACUUUCCGGACUACGUACCCAUGUUCGCCUUUCCGAAUGAUGUCAAUAUCGUUGCCUCGGAUCAGCGGCCGCGGUCGACCUGGCACGGGUUUGCCAUGACAACAGACAAUGGCUCGAAGUUGCACGCAAUUUGUGUGAUCAUCUGGAUUCCGUUGAACCCCAAGGCUGCGGAUGAGCUGGAGAAGCGUUGUGAGGAAUGGCGGAAAGAUAACAUGACGGAUGAGGAGCGUGAGCUGGCAGCGAGUUUGGGCGAGCGGCUUGCAUCAGAGCGGGCGAAGCUGUCCAGGCUUCUGGCACAGCUGCCGAAUGUACCCUCCGGGUCUGAUUCUCGUGAACAGCUGGAGGAUGAGAUUAGCGCGGUCGAAGAGAAGAUCGGACUCAUGACGGAUCUGCUGCGCCCGGUGCGACACGCUGCGUCUUCCAAGAUCGAGGGUCUUACCGAUGGUGACACGGGCUUCUGGAUUCCCCGCGCAUACGGUAUUUUGGGUCGCGAAGCGAAUAUGACCAGCUUCUGGAAGGAGUGGUUGAAAGCUAUUGUCGUGCCAAUGACCGAGGGUGGUGUACAGCGUGUCCCAUCCAGUUCGCCACGAAUGGGGGUCUGGCAACCGCUAGAGCGUUAUGUCAUGAAUCUCUGCACGGAAGCAUUCUGCCCAGUCUCAUCCAAGACCCAAGUCGAGCUGGCAAUCCGCGAAUUGCGGCUAUUUGCCCGCCAGGAAGCUUCCAACGAACUUCCCGGCUCUCGCAAUACGGACCUGUAUGCCUUGUUCCGAACGUUAUCCGUUCCGAACAUCAUCAUUCUCUUUGAGUAUGCGUUGACAGAGUCUCGUAUCAUUUUCUUGUCCUCCCACACCUCUAUGCUCUACCUCGCCACCAGGGCUCUGGUUGACCUGCUCUUCCCGAUCCAGUGGACGGGAGUUCUGAUUCCCGUUCUUCCCGCUCGUCUAGUCCAGGCAAUCGAAGCUCCUUGCCCGUACAUCGUGGGUAUCGAACGCCGCUAUGAAAAGGUGGAGUUGCCCACUGACGACUUUGUUCUGGUGGAUCUGGAUAACGAUAUGAUCGAGAGUACCCUUCGCCCAACUCCUCUUCCCCGUCAUCAGCGCAGGAAGCUUCUUUCGCUCCUGCAGAUGGCUGCUCCUCACCACAGCCGGUGCGGGGUCCCAACUGGUCCCCCAGCAUAUGCAAUCGAGACGUACCCAUGGGACACCUUCCUGUCAGAAAGCGCAGCCACGUACGCGGCGAAAGCUCCGCCAACUAACCUUGCCAAAUACGUUGGCCUCAAUUCCAGCGCCUUUGGCUCGACUGCCGUUUCUCCCGGAAUCUUCCAGCCUCCGAUCUUCAACGCAUUCCUCCAUGCUCGUAAUGAGCAGUCCUCCUCGCGCGGGUAUUCCUCCAAGAGCUAUGACAGGCCAGGAACUAGUUCCACAGCCAGGGCUAGUGCGUCUCCGCCAUCGCCGAGAGAAAGCUCCCCUACUUCUGGCCACUUCCCUCCACCUCCGCCAACACCUUCAUCUCGAAAUGACUCUGGCAUGGCAUUGCAAGCGUCGCUGCGCGAGAAGCGAUCUGGCCACUUCGAUGCCGCAUCUCGGAGGAGCUCGUCCUUUGGCAUGACGAGACGGCCUAGUGCGCCUUUCCUUGGUCACACCUCCAAUCUGUCCGUCACCACACUCAACACGGACUACGGGCCUGGCUCAACCUAUGCCCCGUCGGUGUACGCUCAGUCCACUAUUGCCGCCUCGACGAUUGUCCCAACGGCUGCUGUGCAGCCUAUUGAUAAUGCUGCGGGCACCGCCUGGGUUGAGGGCCACUAUUUCCAGACUCAGCCGUGGGACGAGAAGCUAGUAUGUGCCAUCUGUGACGACCGCGCAGAAGAAGGCAUGUACAAAUGCUCGCAGUGCAAGUUGACUGUUCACAACCGCUGUGCAUCCCAGGUCUGUCUGGUUUGCGAGGCUGCGUUCCACCCUGAUCAGAUCCGCGCGGCCUUUGUCAGGUGCUUCGCCAGCUUGUUUUAUACCUAUAAGAAGUUCCUUGUACCGGCUAGCUCUGAGAAGAAGAAAUCCGGAAUGUACUACCAGUUCAAUAUGGAUGCUUUUAUGAAGAGCCUUCCCCAUGAGCAUGCCGAGUACAUUGCUGUCCUGCAACAGACACAAGGUUUCAAUGAGUUUAUCAGUGAGCGCGAACGAACCAAUCCCAAGUCCAAGGACUCAAAGAUGGCUCUCUUCGACGAGAUCGUCCUGUCCAAGCGCAACCGAGGUCGCAGCUCUAUCUUCUCCGGUCGAUCCACCACUGAUUUCCUGUCCGACACAUCCAACCAUUUAUGGCGGACAGCCAGUGCCACAUUCUUCGCCCCAAGCAGCCGUAGCCAACCAAACCUAUCCGGUGAUUACAGCAGAGUUGUUCAAAAAGCCCCGGCCAAGCUUGACACGAGUCUCAUGAAAGAACCCCGCAUGAUCCAUGGUGCUCCGCGGGUGUCCAAGACGGCAAAUACUGCGCGGAGAAAGCCGUUGCCUAAGCUCAUGAAUGGUCUGGCGAUAUCUCCUCCGAGUUAA